GCAGUCUUCCAAUCCACUGUAUAUCAAUUCGAAUACUAAGUCAAGCCCAUUCGAAGUUUCCUGAUCAUUGACCGGCUGUUACUGUUCCAGUACUGCCGCACCUAUUUGACAUCGACACUGCCAACAUCCGUUUAAAAACAAGCUCUCCAUUGCUACCUUCAAAGGAUUUCCUUUGCAUGGCGGAGGAGCUCAAGAUAUAAACUGAAAUGUUGGCAAUAUAUCUCAAACUUUAAAGGCAAAUAUUGCCAGGCGUGUGACUCGAUGAGAUCAGCACUGACCAUUUUCAACUGGUAUGCGUCUUCAGACCAUCACAUGAUGCAUUAUUACACAUUCAUCGGUCUUAUGUUCUUGUGCGGCGCCGUACUGACGGCUGAAACGGAGGUAUCCCUGCAGGAGGGUCCACGGAACACUAGCGUCAUCGAAGGGAAGACAGUGAUAAUGAAAUGCGUGUUUCGUCAGCUUAAUCCAUUCAACUUUGUCUACUGGUACAGGAACGAAACUGAUGAAAUUAUCAGCUUGAAUGAUUUGAUUGGCCCAGUGAUUGAUCAAGACAGGCAAAAAAGGUAUAGGAUCCUCAGCGAUUCGUCGACUUCCAAUUUUACACUCAAGAUAAGUGAUGUUAGAGUAACCGAUGCUGGGACAUACAGCUGCGGCAUUUUCAAAGAUUUCUUAUUCAAAAAGCAGGCCCAUCUUGCCACUGCCAAACUAACUGUAAAACCAAAUCAGCGCGGUAAUAGUAGUUCCAUACCGACAUGCACGUUAUCAACAUCUUAUGUAACAGCUUACGAACAGCAUCCAAAACUGGGAGAUUUAGUUUACCUCAAAUGCUUGCGAGACACGGAACAAGACUUUGAAGGCUCACUGAGACCUGAACUCAUCUGGUACAAGAAGUUUUCUGACGACGCUAUUAGUCAACCACGGCAAGAACAGACACAGUUGAGUAUUCUUCUCAGCCCUGAAGACAACGGCGUGGAAUUCACCUGUAAAUUGCAGUAUCCCGAUCUGGGUGAUCUCGGGCGAGAGGUAGGAGGAGAAUGCUCAAUAACGCCGCUUAGUAUCCCACCGUCAUCAUGGAUCAAACCAUCUGGCCGGGUAAGGGUAGUGGAAAACAGUGAAGUUGUAUUGACUUGUAAUGGGACUGGAGUCCCUGCCGUGACUGAAUAUCAAUGGAGAAUACAUCCACAGAUACCCAAGAACUGGUAUGAUGUAGAAGAAAAGGGGAGAAUACUGAGGAUUAAGAACUUCAAGAAAGAAGACGGCUCACUGAAUGUGACAUGUCUUGCUCAGAUAGCAUCAGGGCUUACUGGUGACGAAUCAUCAUCCACAAUGCUGAUCAUGAUCGAAACAAUGAAAGUAACGAAUGACACAUUCUUUAAUAAGAACACAUCGACAACAACCACGCUACCAGCUGUGAUCAUUCCCAUCAUCAUAGUAAGCCUACUUGUGAUGUUAUUAGUGGUCAUUUGUAAAUACACUGAACACAAACGCAAAAGAAACAUUUCUAUCUCCUCUUCUCCAGAACAUCUCCAGAACGAAGAAAACUCGACAUCCUCCUCUCAAGUUGUACCCAAGCCAUCCCCUCUCCCACCCCGUCUUGCUCACUAUGAUUACCCAUCGACUUCUUCGUCAUUCCACUUCAACAGCAAUUACACCAGUCUCGAGGCCACUAAUGACGGUCAUAAUGACUACUUAGACUUGACUGGCAAGGACCAUCAACCCCGCACGGACGAGAAUGAGUACACGGAUUAUUUGGGCCUAGAGAGUGCUACGACCACAUCCUCACCACAUGGUGAUGUCUCGGUGUACGAAACUUACGAAAUUCCAUAAAGUUAAUGUUGU